AUGCUGUCAACAUGUAAGAUGGCGACCCAUCACAGACAGAAUGCUGCUGGGCGGAGGAAAGUCCAGGUGUCAUACGUCAUUCGAGAUGAGGUGGAGAAGUAUAACCGUAACGGGGUGAACGCUCUGCAGCUGGACCCAGCCUUGAACCGUCUCUUCACCGCAGGUCGAGACUCCAUCAUCAGAAUAUGGAGCGUCAACCAGCACAAGCAGGACCCGUAUAUAGCGUCAAUGGAGCAUCAUACGGACUGGGUGAAUGACAUUGUCCUCUGCUGCAAUGGAAAAACACUGAUUUCAGCUUCAUCAGACACGACGGUCAAGGUCUGGAAUGCGCAUAAGGGGUUUUGCAUGUCUACGCUGAGAACACACAAGGACUAUGUUAAAGCCUUGGCGUAUGCUAAAGACAAAGAGCUGGUGGCGUCUGCAGGUCUGGACAGACAGAUUUUUCUCUGGGACGUCAACACACUCACAGCACUGACAGCCUCCAAUAAUACUGUCACCACAUCUUCACUCAGUGGGAAUAAGGACUCAAUUUACAGUUUGGCUAUGAAUCAGAUGGGCACAGUCAUUGUGUCAGGAUCCACAGAAAAGGUUCUGAGAGUUUGGGACCCACGGACCUGUGCCAAAUUAAUGAAGCUAAAAGGACACACGGACAAUGUCAAAUCAUUACUCUUAAAUAGAGAUGGCACCCAGUGUCUGUCAGGCAGCUCGGACGGAACCAUCCGACUGUGGUCGCUAGGCCAGCAGAGGUGCAUAGCGACGUAUCGCGUGCACGAUGAGGGUGUUUGGGCCCUGCAGGUCAACGAGGCAUUCACACACGUCUACUCUGGAGGUCGUGACCGUAAGGUCUACUGCACGGACCUGCGGAACCCGGACAUCCGGGUGCUGAUCUGUGAGGAAAAGGCUCCUGUUCUGAAGAUGGAGCUGGACAGGUCAGCAGACCCUCCGUCAGCCAUCUGGGUCUCAACCACAAAGUCAACUGUCAACAAAUGGUCUCUGAAGGGGAUUCAUAACUUCCGAGCGUCUGGUGAUUAUGACAAUGACUGCAGCACUCCCCUGUCCCCUCUGUGCACACAGCCAGAGCAGGUCAUCAAAGGUGGAGCUAGUAUAAUCCAGUGCCACAUUCUUAAUGACAAGAGGCAUAUAUUGACCAAAGACACCAACAACAACGUAGCCUACUGGGACGUGCUGAAGGCGUGUAAAGUGGAGGACUUAGGAAAGGUAGAAUUAGAUGAGGAGAUCAAGAAACGCUUCAAGAUGGUUUAUGUGCCAAACUGGUUUUCAGUGGAUCUCAAAACUGGGAUGCUGACUAUUACUCUUGAUGAGAGCGACUGCUUUGCUGCCUGGGUGUCGGCCAAGGAUGCUGGAUUCACCAGUCCAGAUGGAUCAGACCCAAAGUUGAAUCUGGGCGGACUCUUGCUUCAGGCCCUGCUGGAGUAUUGGCCCAGGACACACAUUAACCCCAUGGAUGAGGAGACAGAACUGAACCACAUGAAUGGAGAGCACGAGAGCCGGAUACAGAAAGGAAACGGUUAUUUCCAGGUGCCGCCACACACUCCCGUCAUUUUUGGUGAGGCAGGAGGAAGGACACUGUUUAGGCUGCUGUGUCGAGACUCUGGGGGCGAGACUGAAUCCAUGUUGCUGAAUGAGACUGUUCCACAGUGGGUGAUUGACAUCACCGUGGAUAAAAACAUGCCCAAAUUCAACAAAAUCCCCUUCUACCUCCAGCCCCACUCGUCCUCUGGUGCAAAGACAUUAAAGAAGGAUCGGCUGUCAGCCAGUGACAUGCUGCAGGUGAGGAAGGUGAUGGAGCACGUGUAUGAGAAGAUCAUUAACUUAGACAGCGAGUCUCAGACGGGCGGCUCGGCUGGAGAGAAGCCCAGCGAGCAGAAAGAGGAUGAGGACAUGGCUGUACUCGCCGAAGAGAAGAUUGAGCUGCUGUGUCAGGACCAGGUUCUGGACCCUAACAUGGACCUGCGGACGGUGAAGCAUUUUAUAUGGAAGAGUGGAGGGGAUCUGACGCUCCACUACCGUCAGAAGUCCACGUGAAGGAGAGACAUCAGUUACUGGUCUCCCCACCCCCGCCCCGACAUCCACUUUUCUCUGUAACUGUCCACUUUACAUCUCUCCUGAGGGUGCCUGCCUGGACCUCCAAAACCCGCCAAAUUUCUCGUGUGUUACUGCUUUCAGGAGCACGACAUUUGUUCAGAUGCACGCUCAUCUGCACAACAGGUCCGUCUCAACACCAGGUCCACACAGCCUGCUACCCAACUAUUUCUGAAUUUAAUAAAACUAGUCACUCGAAUCUCAUCUGACAGGACAUGGCGGGGGCGGGGAUUAAGAGGACAGUAAUAGAAAAAGGCAUUAUGAUAUAUAUAUGGCGAGAGCGGACAAGAAACA